CGUACCUGUUCCCAUCAUAUCAACGAGACAAUCAAUGCCCGCCGAUUUCUACUCUACUUAUAAAUCCGUCCAAGGGUGUGCAAAGAGAGGCUGGUCACCUGCCUGCUCCCUGCAGAAGCAGGUAUAUCCUACUAGUGUAAGCGCAAAGCACAAGGAUGUUUCGGUCGUGUUAGGACGAUUAGUUGCCUCACUUCUUGAGUGACAGUAACACGGCACGCACAGUGCUACAGCUAACGGAUUAUUUUUCCGAAUAUUGUUUGGAUACCGCAACUCCUAUAUACAUACAUACCAUAGGUUUCCCCUUCCUCUUCUCUCUGAUCCCCCCCUAGCACCUACACUUUGCACUUGGGACUGAGCAGCAGCAGCAAUUCUCCAAAAGUUACAAUGCGAUUCUGGAGUGCCUUCGUCCCACUUAUUGCCCUACUUCCCAUUGUCACGGCUGAUAUCCACUAUGGCAUAAUCAUCAAAGGAGGAAAGCAACAGGGAGGGGCUAUUGUCCCUUCGCUCAACGACACCUGCGAGGCUGCAGUGCGCAUUGGUUCGCUGCAGAAUAUUCCGCUCUUCGAACCAGGACUUAAUACUUUCACUGCCACCAUCUGCGGCAAGACGGUUACCGUUAAUGAUUCUUGGCUCAGCUGGACGGACACGGAUGGAGGUGGCGGACCAUGCUGGCGGACACUUCGAAACGACUCUACGGACCCACCGCUCCCGCCCUGCAACCCCUACGGCGACGGUGCGACGUACCAAUGGGACGAUGGCGGCUUCUGCGAGACUAAUUUCAACUGCUACAUAUAUGUAUAACUCCAUGACAAAGAAUUUCUUGAAAAAAAAAAUCCGGCCUUACACCACUACUAGUGUAGGAUCAUUGCAAACAGGAUUUUUUGUCGACUAAGUAUCAUGGCAUUUCACAAACCACCGGUCCAUGAUGGUAUGUAUCAAUCUAGCUAGAGGGCAGGAUUAAUUUUUUGUCAUGUGGAUUGCAGUCCAAGUCACAACAAAUUAUAUUAG